ACCCGGUUUGUUUGUAUGUUUCGUCCGAGUAAGCGCGUGUAAAGCACUGCGUUAGCAACAAGUCAACACGCCAUGAACCUUGUUUAGAAGAUCUAUGGCUACGAUCAGGCGAGAAAAGGACCAUGCUUGAUCCCAGUCCAGCGAUUAAAUAAAGGUGGUGAUUUUACAUACAAAAAUAAGCAACAAUGUCGACUUGCCCCACGUCCUACACGUGCUCAGAUGAAGGGCUACUGUUACCCAUCGUGAGUGAAGCUACGUGGCCCAUUGGUGCCCGGGCCACUGUAUAUCUAGUGGGACUACUAUGGAGCUUUAUGGCCAUUUCCAUCAUAGCAGACAUUUUCAUGGCAGCCAUCUCAACCAUUACAAGUUUUACACAGGAAGUGAAAAUUCCAGACGACAGCGAGAGUGGUUACAGAACAGUAGAAGUGAAGCGCUGGAAUGGCACUGUAGCCAACCUUACUCUUAUGGCCCUCGGCUCUAGCGCUCCAGAAAUUCUACUUUCCAUCAUUGAAAUUGUAUUCAAUGAUUUCAAAGCUGGAGAGUUAGGUCCCAGUACUGUCGUGGGGUCAGCAGCAUUUAACCUCAUGGUCAUCUGUGGAGUAUGCGUCUUUGCGAUCCCCGCAAAUGAAACUAGGCGGAUCAGAAAGUUGAAGGUGUUCGCCAUCACCGCUGUGUUUUCUGUGUUGGCCUACGUCUGGCUUAUAAUAAUUCUAAUGGUGAACACUCCGGACUUUGUGGACCUGUGGGAGGCCAUCGUUACGCUCUUAAUGUUCCCUAUUUUAGUCAUUUUCGCUUACAUUCUAGACAAAGAUUACUUUGGAUCUGCAUCCGUAGACGACGAAACAGGAUUAGAAGUUGACAACCUUUUAUCACAAGAUCAUGCUGAUAAACAAGUUAUCGUUGAAAUGCUGCGGAGACUAAAAUCCAACCCAGAUGCGGACGAGAAAGAAAUUGCCCGUUUGACUGCCCACUUAAUGGAACAAAAUCAGCCUCACAACAGAGCGUGGUACCGAAUCAAUGCCAUCAGGACCAUGACGGGAGGAUCACCCCUCACCACCAAACUCACAAACAAAUCUAGCGAGUUGUUGGAGACUCUGUUGAUCGCUGAAGAGGCAGGUGGAGACCCGGACUUUGUCCAUCUCAGUGAGGGAGGUAAGAAGGCUAUCGUGGAGUUCGAAUCCCCCAGCACCGCCGUCAUCGAGAAAGAAGGGCGAGUUCGACUCAACAUCAUCCGACACGGCAACCUAAACCGAAGAGUUAUCUUCAGAGUGGAAACAGUUGACGGAACAGCGGAAGCGACGUCAGACUACAAAGCUGUGAAGAAGACAAUGGUGUUCGAACCAAACGAGACUCUGCUUUACAUCGAUAUCGAGAUAAUCGACGACAAUGUCUGGGAACCAGAUGAGGUGUUCUUUGUCCGUCUGUCGAUAGAACCGGAACAGGAAGCGGUGCUAGGAAAACACCCGGUCACACAAGUCACUAUCCUCAACGAUGACGAGCCCGGAACCAUACAGUUCGCCAAUCCCAGUUUCUUGUUCAAAGAGAGCGUUGGAACUGCACAAGUAAAAGUCGACCGGUCAAAUGGAUGUGAUGGAAAAAUUGUCGCCAAAUGGAAGACAAAAGAUAUCACUGCUGUUGGUGGGCGCGAUUACGAAAAUACAUCCGGUGAAGUUGUUUUUGAGCAUGGAGAAUUGACGAAAAUGAUUGAGAUCAACAUUAAAGACGAUUUGGAAUUUGAAAAAGAUGAAAAUUUUGAAGUGGAUCUCGUUGAAGUUAGCGGAGGUGCCAAAAUUGGAAAACUGAAACGCUGUGUUGUUACCAUUGUUAAUGAUGACGAGUUUGCCGGAUUCGUAAACAGGCUAGCUGAUCUGACAAAUGCCAAUCUUGAUGCCUUAAGAGUUGGCAAACAAUCAUGGGCAGAUCAGAUUCAGGAAGCCUUAAAUGUAAAUGGAGGAGAUUUAGAAACUGCAACUGCAUUCUCAUACGUUCUUCACUUCAUGACAUUUGGAUUUAAGAGUAUUUUUGCGCUUGUUCCACCACCUACGAUAUGGGGCGGAUGGCUCUGCUUCUUUGUCUCGCUUGGUUGUAUUGGUCUUCUGACUGCAAUAGUUGCCGAUCUGGCUAACAUUUUUGGCUGUCUCAUCGGAUUAGAGUCGGAAGUCACUGCUAUAACAUUUGUUGCGCUGGGAACCAGUUUACCCGAUCUUUUUGCCAGUAAAACAGCAGCUACCAUGGAGAGACAUGCGGAUUCUGCUAUUGGUAAUGUGACCGGAAGUAACUCAGUGAACGUAUUCUUAGGAUUGGGAUUGGCCUGGGUUGUCGCUUCAGCUUACUGGACUGCCAAGGGCGUGUCGUUUGAAGUCCCGGCUGGCAGUCUCGGUUUCAGUGUUGUGGUGUUCGCCGUUUUAGCUGUGGUGACUCUUGUUAUUAUCGUCAUCAGAAGAUUUGUGGGAGUGUUCGGCAAUGCCGAAUUAGGCGGACCUAAAAUUCCAAAAAUCCUUUCUGGGGGCACUAUGAUUUUUCUGUGGUUUGUUUAUGUUCUUCUUGCGUCAUUACAAACCUAUGAGUAUAUUGAAGGAUUUUAAAUUAAUUUUGUAUUAUAUUGUCUGUUACAGAUAUUUUGUAGUAUUUUUAUAACUCAGCUGUACUUAAUGAAUACUCCAAAUAUGUAUUUUAUUUAUAAGAUGGAUCUUUAGGGAACAAAUAGUGAAGAAUUUGUUCAUCUUAGUAAAUGUGUUUUUGUUAAGAGAGUGUUCGUUAUGUGAGAUGUUUAAAAGUAUGAGUGGAUGCAUAUAUAUGUAACUUUUUCUAACUUCCGGAAACUAGAGAGUUGAUAUUAUAGUGCUUAGUUUACACACGUGAGAAAUCGUUCUCCAGCUUUAUCUGUGAUAGUGCCUUAAGGAAGUAUUCAUAUUUUUAUAGAAACCUUUUAAACUUGCUAGCAGUGUUCUUUUGAACUUACAACUUAGAGCUUGUUUGCAACACGAACAAAAAAUUGAAUAGUAGUACAUGUAAUUUAUAUACAAUAUUUCAUGUUAAAUUAUGUAAAGUGCUAUUGACAAAUUACAUUUAUACAUUCAUUUUCGAAAUUUAGAAAAAGGAGAUUCGUGUAAAUAAGUAAAUUUUGAAUGUUUUAAAAACAUAUGUAAAUGUAUUUGUCAUUGAGAUGCUGUUUACAACCUUUCGUUUCGAGUUGUAACAUAGAAGAGUCUGCACUUUAGAAUUUUAUUCCGUGAUUUUCAGUUCAUUUCUAUUUGUAAUACACGACAAAUGUGGUGAGGUUCUCGCAUUUUAAAGAGAGAAAUAAAGACUUUUUGAAGUUUU